GUGUUUAUAUUAAUUUAUAAUAGUUUUUGUUUUAAUAGAGAUACUAAAUAAAGUAACACGCCUGUCCCAACCAACACCCCUGCCAAUAUCAAUGUUUUUUCAGAAAUUGUUAUUUUAAUAAUCAAGUAUAAUAAGUAUCGAGUAAAUAUAUGAAUAAAUGGUAAGAAGGGCGUGAAAAUGAAACGGCAGUUCAAUCUGAUCAUCAGGCUACUUAGAUUGUGACGAAAUGUUUAAGACCUUUAAAUUGGAUAACGAAUUUACCGCAGGCGCCUGAAUGCACCACUUCCACACUGGGCUACCAUAUUUAUUUGCCGGGGAAUAGCUCCUCCAGGUGGACAAAAGGUGAGCUGCAAGAUCUGAGCUUGUUUUUCAGUGUCCUGGCAUUAAACGUGUAACAACCAUCUGUCCUCACUGAAAUCAGGGUAAACUUUACCCCGUCAUGAGUGGAAGCGAAGCUGUGGUCGUCACUGGGUUUGGACCUUUUCGACAGUUCUUGGUGAACCCGAGCUGGAAAGCAGCCCAGGGGCUGAAGCUGGUCGGACUGGGAGAGCGGAUUGAUGUUCAUAUCAAGGAGGUGCCAGUGACUUAUAUUAAGACUCAACAAAUCAUUGCUGACAUUUGGCAGACUUUAAACCCAAAGUUUGCAGUACAUCUGGGCAUAGCCAGAGGAUCCAGUGUCAUCAUUUUGGAGCAAAUAGGGAAGAACAGUGGAUACAGAGACAAAGAUGUGUGCGGUUUCUGUCCUGCAAAUCACUGCUGCAUGGAAGGAGGACCAGAGAAACUCUGCUCGGUCAUUAACAUGAGGGCUGUUUCCAAACAGUUCAAAGAAGCAGGGGCGGAUGUCAUUUAUUCAAGAGAUGCUGGCAGGUACCUGUGUGACUUUGCUUAUUACUGCUCACUGUAUCACGGGCAGGGGAGGGCAGCCCUCAUCCACAUACCCACAUCUGGCAGCCUGGCCUCUGCUGACAGUGUGGUACCUCUGCUGCAGACCCUCAUUCAGACCAUGCUCGACCAGCUAGGCGACCCUUCAGAAACAGCAUGAGGAGAUGAUGACAGCUUAUUCCUCAAGCCAGCAGUCACACUCAGCUGUCAUUUCAGUGCGGUAGUUGUGACCCUCCUCCACCCCUUUCACCUCCAGUCUUCAAAUUGAGGCGGAUUGCUGCAACAAGCUCAUCAUCACCCUCAUCACACCCAGAUCUCCAGCUUCUCGUCUUCCUAUCUUCAAGCCCACGCAGUGUCUGGCUCCCUGGGGGGGUUUUCCUAUACUUCGCAUAGCCUCUCCCCCUUAUCACAUAAUGGCCGCACGAUGGGGUCUAAUCGCCAAAAGGCUCUCACAUCUCACUUUUCCUAUCUUGUUUUGCACAUGGCAAUAAAAGCUUAUUCAUUAAGCAAAUAAGUCUUUCUGGAUUGAAAUGUCAUAGUAUAGUAAGACAUAAAAUGUCAUAAAAACAUCAUAGUAUAGCAAGGCAUUAAAAACAUCAUUGUAUAGUAAGACAUAAAAAAGUUAUCUUAUAACUUUUUAAAAGGUUAUGCUAUAACUUUUUUAUGCCUUUCUAUACUAUGACGUAAGGCAUAAAAGAAUAUUAUAGUAAGGCAUAAAAUUUCAUAGUAUAUUAAGUUGUAAAAUGUCAUAAAAAUGUUAUACUAUAGUAAGGCAUAAAAUGUCAUAGUAUAAUGAAAAAUAAAAAAGUAGUAACAUUAUAGUAAAGUAAGGAAUAAAGAUGUCAUAGUAUAGUAAGGCUUAAACUGUCAUGAAAAUGUCACUAUACUUAACAGUGUAAAAAGGCAUAAAAGGGUCGAAAGUAAGGCAUAAAAUUUCAUGAAAACGUUAUAGUAUAGUAAGACAUAAAAAGUCAUAGUAUGCAUCUCACUUUCCCUAUCUUGUUUUGAUUGUGGCAAUAAAAUUUUAUUCAUUAUCAGC